AUGGUGAACGAGGGCGAACGGUCAACCGCCGCCGACAAGGGCAAGGGCAAGGUUGAGGACGCUGCUGAGCUGAGCGGCAAGAAGCCCCAAAAUGACGAGAAGCCGUCGACGGAUGGAAAGAAGAAGGAUGAAGAGCCUCAGGAUGAUGAGCUUAGUGAAGAGGACCAGCAAUUGAAGGAUGAGCUUGAAAUGCUUGUUGAGCGAUUAAAGGAACCGGACACUUCUCUCUACGGGCCUGCUUUGGAUGCCAUCAAGAAUUUCAUCAAGACCUCUACCUCUUCCAUGACAGCCGUUCCGAAACCUCUCAAAUUCCUCCGACCGCAUUACGAUGACCUGGCUGAGCUCUACGAAAAAUGGGUAGUGGGUGCCGUGAAGGACUCGCUUGCCGAUAUGCUGUCAGUGCUCGGUAUGACCUACGGAGACGAAGAGAAGCUGGAGACGCUGAAGUACCGCCUCCUCGCAAAGUCGGAGGACCUUGGAUCCUGGGGCCAUGAAUAUAUCAGACAUCUGGCAUUGGAAAUCGGACAGGAAUACCAGAACCGAUUGAAUUCGGAGAAGGAGACCCAAGACUUGGUGGAUCUUGUACUGUCGCUGGUUCCUUACUUCCUCAGCCACAAUGCCGAGGCUGAUGCUGUUGAUCUUCUGAGUGAGAUGGAAAUCAUCGGAGAAAUCCCGCGAUUUGUGGAUGAGAAUACAUACUCCCGUGUCUGUCUGUAUAUGGUCAGCAUGGUCAACCUGCUCACCUACCCCGAAGAUCAGGAAUUCCUUCGCACGGCACAUGAGAUCUACGUCCGCUACAACAAGCUCUCUCAAGCGAUCGUGCUCGCCAUUCGACUCAACGAUGUGGACCUUAUCAAGAGCGAUAUCAACGCCACCUCCGACAAGGCUCUUAAGAAGCAAAUGGCGUUCCUUGUUGCCCGUCAGCAGAUCUGGCUUGAUCUAUCUGGGGAGGAUGAGGAAGACGAGGCUCUCGCGGAGUGCCUGAACAAUACCUCCAUCCCCAAGCACUUCAAGUCACUUGGAAAGGAGCUCAACAUCCUGGAUCCCAAGAUGCCCGAGGACAUCUACAAGACACACCUGGAGAGCAGCCGUGGAGCAGGUCUUACCAACCUUGACUCGGCACGACACAAUUUGGCAAGUGCCUUCGUCAACUCAUUCGCCAAUGCCGGAUUUGGAAACGAUAAGAUGAUGCUUGUCGAGGGCGAGAAGGGACCGUGGGUCUGGAAGACCAAGGACGACGGCAUGCUUUCGACUACGGCUUCGCUUGGUAUGCUCCUCCACCGAGACGUUGAGGAUGGACUGGACAAGAUCGACAAAUUUACCUAUGCGACUGAGGACCAGGUCAAGGCUGGUGCUCUACUUGCAAUCGGUAUCUUGAACUCGGGUGUUCGUCUCGAUUCGGACCCUGCCCUCGCCCUCCUGAGCGACCCCGACAACCUUGAGGCUAAGAACGUACCAAUGAGGGUGGCAUCAAUCAUGGGUCUCGGUCUGGCCUAUGCUGGAUCAAACAAGGAGGAGCUUCUGGAGGUUCUGCUGCCCAUUGUUGAGGACGCCUCCCUUGAUAUGCAACUUUCCGCCAUGGCAGCAGUUUCGCUCGGUCUGAUUUUUGUUGGUUCAUCGAACCACCAGGUCAGUGAAGCAAUUGCUACGACACUUAUGGAUGAGGAGCGCCAGAAGCAACUUAAGGACAAAUGGACACGGUUCAUGGCUCUUGGUCUGGCACUCCUUUACUUCGGCCGUCAAGAAGAGGUCGAUGUUAUCCUCGACAUUCUCAAGGCUGUCGAUCACCCGAUGGCGAAGCCGACCUCUGUCCUUGCCUCGGUUUGUGCCUGGGCUGGCACUGGAACUGUGCUAAAGCUGCAAGAACUUCUUCACAUCUGUAAUGACAUGAUUGAGGAGAAGGAGGAGAACAAGGGCGACGAGCUGGUUCAGUCAUAUGCUGUUCUGGGUCUAUCGCUGAUUGCCAUGGGCGAGGAUGUCGGCCAAGACAUGAUCCUGCGUCAGUUCGGCCACCUCAUGCACUACGGCUCUAGUAACAUCCGACGAGCUGUGCCUCUGGCUAUGGGUUUGGUUAGCCCCAGUAACCCUCAAAUGAAGGUCUACGACACUUUGUCCCGAUACAGCCACGACAAUGAUAACGAUGUGGCUAUUAAUGCCAUUUUCGCCAUGGGUCUCUGUGGUGCUGGUACUAAUAAUGCCCGUUUGGCGCAGCUUCUCCGCCAACUAGCCAGCUAUUACCACCGUGACCAGAAUUCGCUCUUCAUGGUUCGCAUUGCUCAGGGUCUAUUGCACAUGGGAAAGGGCACCAUGACCCUCAACCCCUUCCACACCGAUCGCCAGGUUCUUUCUCGCGUUUCGGCUGCUGGUCUCCUUACCGUGCUUGUCUCCUUGAUUGAUGCCAAGCAAUUUAUCCUGGCCGAGCACCACUAUCUGCUCUACUUCCUCAUUACCGCCAUGUUCCCCCGUUACCUCGUCACUCUCGACGAAGACCUGCAGCCACUCACCGUAAAUGUUCGAGUGGGUCAGGCUGUGGAUGUUGUCGGCCAGGCUGGUCGUCCGAAGACCAUUACCGGAUGGCAGACUCAGAGUACCCCGGUGCUUUUGUCUUACGGUGAAAGAGCCGAGUUGGAAGAUGAGCAGUAUAUCCCGCUUAGCAGCACCCUCGAGGGCUUGGUCAUUCUGCGCAAGAACCCUGACUACGAAAGUCCUGAAUAA